GUUCAAUUUUUCGUAACACUAUUAGAACAGAACGGUUUACAUGGAGACAUCAUAUAUAUUCUAAGAUAUCGCGAAACUGUUAUCAGCAUACUAAAGCUCAAAAUUGAUUAGACGAGUCGAUUUCGACUCGGGAGUAAUAUUUUUUCAACAAAAAUGCAUUUACCUCGAAAUAUUAUAUUUUAAGAAAACAGUAAAGUGAUGAUACUUGCCUUUAAAUACCAAUACUUGGCCAGUCACCUGAAACACAAUAUUAUCAUUGCAUUAUCCUUCAUUUUCUAUUCCGUAAAAUAAUGGCAAAAACUCCAGAGACAGAACACCCUAUCAAGGCCUUCGGAUGGGCCACCAAAGACCCAUCUGGCAUUCUUUCUCCUUUCAACUUCUCCAGAAGGGCCACUGGUGAGCGUGAUGUACAGUUAAAAAUUUUGUACUGUGGGGUGUGCCAUUCAGAUCUUCACAUGGCCAAGAAUGAGCUUGGCUUCACCCAAUACCCCAUGGUGCCCGGGCAUGAGAUUGUAGGAACUGUUACUGAAGUAGGAAACAAGGUGACAAAAUUCAAAAUCGGUGAUCGUGUAGGGGUCGGUUGCCUGGUGGGGUCGUGUCGCGAGUGUAGCUUGUGUGAAAAAGAUCUCGAAAACUAUUGCGCCAAACAGAUCCUUACCUAUAGCAUGCCUUACUAUGACGGCACCAUCACGCAAGGCGGCUAUUCGGACAUCAUGGUGGCUGACGAGCACUUUGUUGUCAGAUGGCCCGACGACUUGCCCCUCGACGCUGGUGCCCCACUCCUAUGCGCCGGAAUCACCACCUACAGCCCGCUUAAGCAUUUCGGGCUCGACAAGCCCGGGAUCAGUGUUGGGGUCGUCGGGUUAGGCGGGUUGGGCCACCUCGCGGUCAAGUUCGCCAAGGCCUUUGGGUGUCGGGUGACCGUCAUUAGUACUUCGGUGAGUAAAAAGGCGGAGGCUAUCGAGAAGCUUGGGGUGGACGAGUUCUUGGUCAGCCUUGACUCGAAACAGAUGCAGGAUGCGGCGGGCACGUUGGAUGGUAUAAUUGACACCGUCUCAGCGACUCAUUCACUUUUCCCGUUGGUGAGUUUGUUGAAGCCUGACGGGAAGCUAAUCUUAGUCGGACUCCCACAGAGCCUAGAAGUCCCGGUUUUUCCCUUGCUUAUAGGGAGGAGGGCUAUAAUCGGAAGUGCAAUCGGAGGACUUAAAGAGACGCAAGAGAUGAUUGAUUUUGCGGCUGAGCACAACAUAUUACCGGACGUGGAGAUGAUCCAGAUGGAUUACGUGAACAAGGCCAUGGAGCGCCUAUUGAAGUCCGAUGUGAAGUAUCGUUUUGUUAUCGACAUUGGGAAUACGUUGAAACAGGAGUGAGUAGAGUUAUGAUUGGUAUAAGGUUUUCAUAAUAAGGUUUUUAACAGUGGUGAGCCUGUUGUUAUGAGCUUUCUGUUGGCAUUCAAGUUAAUGUAAGAGAUGAAUUAGAUGCUUGUGCUUUUGUUUGAUAUUACUUGGACAAUUAUUGCUCCUACAGUCCUACUUUUUAUUUUUUAUCAAAACGAUAGAUUUUAUAAAAAUAUAUAUGUUCAUGGACCGCUUUCUUUUUGAGUUGCUUAAAAUCAUUAAUUGUUGAAAAGUAAUGAGAUUGACUUUGACCAAUA